UUAGUUGAGUAAAAAUUGCCGCUGAAUUCGCUUUGAAAAUGCCGGCCCCGAUGCUCUUCAAGUGUGCUCCUCUUUGGAGAACUGGGAAAGAUUUAUUUACUUUCUUUGCGUAACGGAACAACGACAGGAGCAGAUCUAAGAAAAAAUCUCCCCUCCCAUUUAAUGACUUGCAGGCUUUUUAGGAUUUUUUUAGAUUGAAGUAAGAAAACGCAUUUAAAUCAUAUUGCAUUUUUCAAAUCCAAAUGAAAAUUAAAAAUCAUUCAUAUAAAAAACACAUUAAAAGUUGAAGAAGUGAACAUUUUUUGACUCGUCGUGAUCGUAUCGUAUCAUUUACCUCGAGUCAUCUUUGAUUUGCCAACCAUUUCUAGUGAUUUGUAUCCGGCAGCUCCUUAUGAACGGAUCCACCGUAAAAUGAUGGAACAUAAACUCAGGAUUCUCCACCCACGUCUAACCACAAAUUUUAACAGCCAAAUUCAAAAAAAUCUGCGAGGAAAAACUAAACAACAUUUCAACCAAAGAAAAAGUCAUCCGCGUGCUUGAGCACUGAGUUGAAAAACAUCAUCAAGAAAAUUUUAAUUGUCAAGCUAUCUGAAUCACAGAUUGCUUGAUAUUUGUAUUCGAACACGAAUUUUCUUGCAAAAAACAGAAGAAGAAUACAAACGUAAACACUCAAAAAGAAAACCAUCCAGCCGUCCCGUCCCAGAGUGUGACAUACUUUAUGGAUGUGCCUUGUAGGGAUUGUUGAGUUUAACAAAACGUCAUCAUUAACUCAUUUCGACCAAAAUGGUCGUUAUCACAGAAUAGCACACAACUGACGAUUUGUUAUCACAUUUAUGCUUGGAGUUCUUCUUCGUCUCAGCUCAGUUCUCCCCACAGUUGCAUUUCAAUCGUGAUUUCGGAAUGUUGCUCGUGCUUCUAUUUCUGUCACUGACCUCCGCUCUGGACCCGACCUCCAAUAACGCCCUGUACCAGUGUGGAGUUCGUCGCCGCAUCGGUGUCCAGCUUAUUGAACGAGGAUGGGUAGCCGAGCUGGGCCAGUGGCCGUGGCACGCAGCCCUGUUUCACGUGUCCAGCAACGGGUCUAGCAGCUAUGCCUGCGGUGGAACUCUGUUGGAUCAACGCCACGUCCUGACAUCGGCGCACUGUGUCACAACCAAACGGAGGAAGAACAUCGUCCCGAUAAGUGGUUCGAAGCUCGUGAUUCAUCUCGGGCAGUACGAUCUGCGGGAGAUAACGGGAGUUCAGCAGUGCAAAGUCAGCGAAGUACAUAUUCACGAAGAGUACUCAACGAACCGAAAUGAUAUCGCGGUGCUCGUUCUGAACUCGGACGUUGAGUACUCGGACUUUGUGAUACCAAUCUGCCUGGAUAAUCGCGUUGAUCCGGAUCUUACCAAGCUCGUCGGUCAACGAGGAUCCGUCGCCGGAUGGGGACUAACGGAGAAUCAUACAGUGUCGCAAUUGUUGAGGACGGCACAGAUGCCCGUCGUUAGUCACGUGGAGUGCGUUCAGGCGGAUCCAACACUGUUUGGUCGAUAUUUGGACCGCGGGAUGUUCUGCGCCGGAGAGCGGAACGGCACUAGCGUUUGCAACGGUGAUAGCGGAGGUGGAUUCUACAUUAGCGAGGGUGAUCGCUGGGUCUUGAGGGGAGUGGUAUCGUUUUCCGGGGUUGACGAAAAUCGGCAGUGUGAUACGGCGCAAUACGCUGGGUUCGCGAAUGUGCAUAACUAUUUGGGUUGGAUAAAGGAUGUAACUGGGUCCAGAGGUGGUGCCGCUGAUAAGCUUGAUAUUCCAAGGAGAAGAAGUGAAAUUGAGUGUGACAAGUACAAAGAACUUGCUAGUAAACGAGGCAAUGGGAUUUGUUUGAACUCCAGACAGCCGCACAACGUUGCUCUCAUCUACGAGAAUUCCUGGGGAGUUUGCUCUGGUGCACUCAUAAGCGACGAAUAUAUCUUGACAGCGUGCAGUUGUAUGAAAAGAAUGAAACCCGUCAGUGCACGUAUCGGACAGUUUGUAACCAUUAAAAUAGCGAAAAUUGUGUGUCACCCACAACACGAAGACUUUGUUAACGACGUUGCACUGAUCAAACUCAAGUCAAAGGUAGAGUUUGCAGCAUCGGUCAUUCCAGCCUGUUUGGCCAACGAUUGGACCGAGAAUCUGUACGACACUUUGCUUCUCACUGGGUUCAAGGAGGACUACCGCGUCUACGAAGAUGUUCCAGGAUUCGGAGAACGCCCAAAAAUCACCGAGGUUGUAGAAUCGGUAGACAAUCUGAUCAUCACCAAGGAAGAGUGCCGGAACAGGACUCAGGAUACAGGUAGGACCGAGAGAAUCACCGAUUCCCAGUUGUGUGUUUACAGUCCUGGUCACGAGAUCCUUCACGCUUAUGGCUCUAAUGGUUUGGCUGGGGGCGCACUCCAGACGUACAAUUCCCGCACUUGCAUGUACUCGAUUUUGGGAAUCUGUGCAGACUCUUACACCGCGCAAUCGGUGACGAUCUACUCGCGAAUAGCGCGAUUCCUUGACUGGAUUGAACCAAUUGUUUGGGCUGUUGACGACCCAACUUUUUCCGAGGAUGAGGACGGUACACCGCCUGAGUACGAAGGAAACGAACUCUCGCUAGGUUCGUCCACGGAAGAUACUUGCACGUACAAGUUCGACCCAAACCAGCUUACUCCUACGGGUCCGAUCAGGAAGAACACAGUCGUGGUAGACAUCAGCAAAUUCAUGGACAACUCACAAGCCGACGUGCGGAAACUUUUCGAGGAACUGCGACUCAAUCUUUCAGCGGUAAAAUCCGUUCAGCCGCACACGUUGCGUAACGUUGUGCUGAUUCAGAUGAGUACCGCGGAGCAUGCGAAAGAUUUCGCAAGAAACCACAACAUGAAACACACCGUGAUGGUCAAUAAUCAAACGGUUAAGAUUCCAGUGUAUUUGGACGGUGAAGGGACUACAAUCGUAAGAGUGACCAAUCUCGCACCCCGGAUGUCCAACGACUGCAUCGUGGAGUUUUUGGCAAACUUUGGGGAAGUGGUGGCAAUAAAGGAUGAAGUCUGGGGUGGACUAUUGGCAGGUAUUACCAACGGCAAGCGAAACGUUCAGAUGAAGCUUUCCUAUCACAUUCCACAGUGGGUUUUGAUCAACGGAGAAGUUGGCUCGGUUUCGUACCAGGGACAGUUACCACAUCUUUUGUAGAACCCUCAGUGAAACACCAUUGCACUAUUUGAAUCAACAUGAAUAAACAUUUAUUUUCACUA